AUGGCUGCGAACACCCCCCGCGCCUGGGCCACCCGCUGCUCUACUAGCGUAUACGCGUUUCUCCCAAUCUCCGGCCCCGUCACAGGACAGCCACAACUGAAGGCGGCGGCCAUUUGGAAUCGCCGUGCAUGGCCUCUGAGGUGCCUGCUCCUUCACCGUGGAUGUCAACGGACGCUGCGCGAAGACGAUGGCGGAGGGCGUGCCUCUAAGCGCGCCGGCUCCGACGCCACUGCGACGAGCUAUCGGAAAUGCAUACCGGAGACAAAACCUCGCGCGGAGCAUAUCCAUCGCAUGAACUUUUGGCUUGCGGAUGCGCUCGCUGUCGGUGUGCCGAUGUCGCAUAUCGACAACGUCGUGCGGGAUUUAUCCUGUCAGAGGGCGUUCCGGAAGAGCUGGAUCGGACUCGCAAACAGGUGGCGCACUCCGAGGACACAUUAG